UUACAAAUGCACAGUAGUUCUCAUCCUUUUUCUUGCAGCUUGAAACCUGAGUGAGGAUCUGAAGGAAACUGAAUUGGAUCACCCAGCGUCUUUCACAGGAUCACCUGGACAGGUCACUUGGUGGGAGUGUCUACUUCUUUACCGAUUAAGUGAGAGAGAAAAAAACAGUGUGCCAUUUUAUGAUGAAUUCUUCCAAACCUGCCUAUGCAGAUUACUUUGGCAGACUCCGUGGAAUGCCACUGUAUAAAGAAUUUAUCCAAAAUUGGCAUAAUGUGGAGACAUUUGAGGCAAGACCUGACGACCUUGUCAUUGUUACUUAUCCCAAAUCUGGCACAACAUGGAUUAGUGAAAUUGUAUGCAUGAUUUAUACCGAAGGUGAUGUGGAAAAGUGCAAGAAAGAUGCCAUUUUUAAUCGAGUUCCUUACCUGGAAAGCAAAACCGAAAAUGUGAUCGAUGGAGUACAGCAAUUAAAACAGAUGGCAUCUCCCAGAAUAGUGAAGUCUCAUCUGCCACUUGAGCUUCUUCCAGCCUCAUUUUGGGAAAAGAACUGUAAGAUCAUCUACGUUUGCCGGAAUGCCAAGGAUGUGGUUGUUUCUUACUAUUUCUUCUUUCUGAUGGUAACUGUUAAUCCAGAUCCUGGUUCUUUUCAAGAUUUUGUGGAGAAAUUCAUGGAUGGAGAAGUUCCUUACGGUUCCUGGUAUAAACACACAAAAGCUUGGUGGGAAAAGAGAAAGAAUCCACAAGUGCUAUUUCUUUUCUAUGAAGACAUGCAGGAGAAUAUCAGGAAAGAGGUGCUGAAAGUGGUAAAAUUUCUGGGAAGGAAAAUAUCAGAGGAGCUUUUGGCCAAGAUUGUAAGACAUACUACAUUCCAAGAGAUGAAGAACAACCCAUCUACCAAUUACACAACACUGCCGGAGGAGGUCAUGAACCAUAAAGUGUCUCCCUUCAUGAGAAAGGGGGUGGCAGGAGACUGGAAGAAUCACUUUACAGUAGCCCUGAAUGAGAAAUUUGACAUGCACUACAAGCAGCAAAUGAAGGGGUCCACAUUAAAACCACGAAAUGAGAUUUGAAAAGAGUUUUCUUAACAUAUCUGAGAUUAAAGUUUUCUUCUCAUCAUUCCUCCUCUUUUAUUUUAAAUUGGUAGAGAAUGAGUCAUGUGAAGGAGGAUGGUCAGGUUCACAUGACUAUUGAGAUCUCCAUAUAAAAAUGCAAGCAAGAUUUUUUUCCCAGCUGUUAUCUUUUUAAUUUUUUUUCUUUUUGACAAGUAUCACAUGAAUCUGUAACCUAUACGAAUUAUGUAGGAGCACACAAAUCAUCCAAGUUGUUAGUCUCUUUAAAAAUAACCAAGCAUUCUAAAGUCUUUAAUUUUACGGUUUAUGUUUUUCCAUUUAUUAGUCCACUUAGUCUAUGCAUAUACACGUAUAUACAUAAAUGCAUAUAUAUUAAUAAGUGCACAUGGACUUUGAAAACUUUGGCAGAAAGAAGUUAAAAAAUAAAAAUACAUAGGGCUUAACUAGACCUAUUAUUUCCUCCCUAUUUUCUUUCACUUUCUGCAGAAUGGCUUAAUUUGGAAUUUACCUUAGUUUAACGUAAAUUUGUGGCAUGACAGUACUGUUUUCCAGAUGUCUAUAAGUAAUCCCAAUGAGUGUUAUUUAUGCUUGAAUGUCUUCAGCCAGUUUAAAAUAUUUAUGCUUUAGCAUUUCUUCUGUCCAAUGUGCAAUGUAAUGAAUGUAACCUCUGUAAACUAAAGUCUUAAAGAAUGUGAUAUUUACCAGAAAAAUAAAAUAAAAACAAAAGAAAAGAAGAAGAA